AUGGCGGGAAAGUUUGGAGCCAUCUAUUCCCGCGCCGCCGCCUACCUAUUUAUCCCCCGCCCCCGCAACCUCUUCCUCCACUCAACCCAAACUCCUUCCAGAUUUCUCCCCUUCACCCGCCGCCUGCACCCAAGAAGCCUCUCGACCUUAGCCAUGGCCGCAUCCAACGGCGCCGCCGCUGCCGCCACCGACUCCGUCCAGGAGCCUCCCCAGAAGAUCUCCAAGAUCUCCCCCCUGCUCAAGGUGAAGAAGCUCUCCGACAAGGCCGUGCUGCCGUCCCGCAGCUCCGACCUCGCCGCCGGCUACGACCUCUCUAGUGCCGUGGAGGUCGUGGUGCCGGCGCGUGGCAAGGCGCUGGUGCCGACCGACCUCAGCGUCGCCAUCCCCCACGGAACAUACGCGCGCAUCGCGCCUAGGUCCGGGCUGGCGCUGAAGCACUCCAUCGACGUGGGCGCCGGCGUGAUCGACACUGACUACCGCGGCCCCGUCGGGGUCAUCCUCUUCAACCACUCCGACGCCGACUUCGCCGUGAAGCCCGGCGACAGGAUCGCGCAGAUGAUCAUCGAGGUGAUCGCGACGCCCGAGGUCGCGGAGGUGGAGGACCUCGACGCCACCGUCCGUGGCGAGGCAGGGUUCGGAUCCACCGGCGUCUGA